UUCCUGAAUAUUACACAACAUGUAGACAUUAAUGUGUCCUCUCCUUGGGAGAGGAGUCCAUCAAAUUACAGUAAAACUGUAUAAAUGUUAGAAUUCGCAAUGAUUUAACGAUACAAUUGAAACCAGGUCCCUUUAAGAGCCGCGCAUGCGAGUUGAGCACUCACUGCAUCUGACCGGAAGUUAUGAAUAACGUGUGUGUGGGGAUUAGUAGGGACGUGUUAAUGUGUCAAAACUGUAUUCGUUUCAAUUACUUAGUGCCAUACUUGGUUAUACGAAAAUAUUCCUUAAGUGGCCUAUUUUACAAAGGACACAAGUUGAAUUUUCCACCUUAUCGAAAGACAAAAGUCGCUUCUCGUUAUUUUUCACGGGAAACUGUGUGUCUCGCUAUGCCUAAAAAAGAUAGAACGAGCACCGAGAGCAAAGCUGUGAAAAAAGAAGCGGAGUCCGCUGGUCCCGUCAUACGAGACAAAAACGGACUCGUCUGUAUUGCAAUACAUGCAAAACCCGGAUCCAAGCAGAAUGCCGUUACAGAUAUAUCUGCACAGACGGUAGGUGUCGCUAUAGCUGCGCCUCCGUCCGACGGCGAGGCGAAUGCGGAGCUGCUCCGGUAUCUCUCCAAGGUGCUGGAGCUCAGGAAAAGCGAUGUGCUUUUGGACAAGGGGUGUCGAUCCAGAGAGAAAAUUGUAAAGAUUUCAGGCUCAUUAAGCCCAGAAGAGGUCCUGGAAAAACUGAAAAGAGAAGCUGCACAGAGUAAAUGAAUGCAUUUAAUCUCACAGUUGGACACAUUUGGCAGCUUGUGACAGUAUAAGCACACUCCCCCUCAAAAUCCAGCUUCUCUCAUGAUGUUUGCAGUAGCAGCAGGAAGCAUGAAGCUUAAGUGGCUUAUGCUCUCUCUGCUCUUGAUAUAAACCUGUCUUUCAAAGACAUGACGGAAUUAGCAGUGGAUUGAGCAUAAGGGAAACCGAGGCAGAAAAGAAGGGGUAAAUUGAAGGAAAGGUAGCAAGAUCACCUGGACGCAUGAAAGAGAAGGCAAAAAAUGUCAUAGAAAUUGUCAGCUGUUUUCUCACAUAAAUAGAUGGACAAAUUGUGUUAUUUCACGUUACAGCUAUUAAAAACACCCUCCUGAAGGCAGAGGCCCAUGCCUGUUUUUAGACACACCCUCAAGUCAGUUUCUUGCACUGUUUUUCUGGCAAUUCUAAAGGGAGCUGUGACCAUAACAUAAUACACUAGUGUAAUAGUGUUCUGACUCUUUUCAUGGCAAAUAAGAAAGACAACAUGAACAAGUAUUUCUAUUAGCCUGAUGUUAAUAUUACAGUCAGUUUAAAUGGUAAAAAUGGUUUUGCUUCCAUAUACAUUAAAAACUAUUCAAACAUGUAAUUAGGGGACUGUGGACAGAGACUAGUUGUAGCUGAACUGAUCUGAUAUUUAAUACAAAUUUGUAAAGUAUCAGGUGAAAAGAAUGCUUUUAAUAAUUUGACGAUAAACAUUUAGUAAGGAAGAAAAUAAUUAAGUGGCAAAUUUUAUAGCGCAGAAACUAGCCUGAGUAUUUGAUUAUUUGCAUUUUUUUUUCUUUUCAUUAUACCCUGCUAUGGUUAAAAACACCAGCCUCCUCCAACCAUCUGAUA